CAUCAUCAUCAUCAUCAUCACCAAACCGACAAAAGACCAAAAACCAAAAACCAACCAACACAACAACCAACAGCAUCAUCAUCAUGACUUCGAUCGGAACUGGAUACGACCUAUCAGCAUCAACCUACAGUCCAGAUGGACGGAUAUUCCAAGUCGAAUAUGCAAACAAGGCCGUAGAAAACUCCGGCACGGUGAUCGGCUUAAAAUGCAAGGACGGAGUGGUGCUUGCGGUCGAGAAACUAGUGCAAUCCAAGUUACUCGUACCUGGAAGCAACCGAAGACUAAGGACCGUAGACUUACACAUCGGGCUCGCUACUGCCGGUUUGUUGGCCGAUGGAAGACAGUUAGGCCAUCGAGCAACAGCCGAGGCGGCCUCAUACAAACAAAACUACAACGACCCGAUCCCGAUCAAUAAACUCGCCGAUCGAAUGGGCCAGUUCUGUCAAGCCUAUACCCUCUACGGAAGCGUCCGACCCUUCGGGAUAUCCGCCCUGAUCGCCGGGCUUGAUAAGGCCGGCUCGCCCGACCUGUUCUGUCUCGAACCCAGCGGCGUCUUCUGGGGCUAUCGAGGAUGUGCGAUCGGAAAAGGACGAACUCUGGCUCGGACGGAGAUCGAGAAGCUGAAAUUGGAAGAACUGUCGGCCCGAGAAGCCGUCGAACAUGCCGCCAGAAUAAUUCACAUGGUCCACGACGAAGUGAAGGAUAAGGACUUCGAGCUGGAGAUGUCGUGGAUCUCGGUCUCCGAGACUAAGGGCAAACAUGUCCCCGUGCCGCACCCCAUCAUCGAAGCCGCCGAGAUCAAAGCUAAAGAAGCUCUCUCUUCCGAAAUGGAAGACUAACCCACUCUUUCAAUAUCAAAAACGUCUCGUGUAAUAUGUUCUUAUUUGUUUUUUGUUGGUCAAAAAAAGAGUCUCUAGAACGGUUCCUUCGGGCUGCAAAUGAACAACUGUUUCAUGGGAUAUAGCGGCGCCCAUGUGUUUACGACCCAAUGGGCUUGGUGAAUCGUUCAUCAGCAGGGUUCCUGAAAUAUCACUUGAUUCUUUUGUUGGAGCAAGGAAGUGGAUGACCAUGCAGCCACAUAGCUCAG